AUGGAAGGUUUGCGCGUGGUCAGAUGUGGAAAUAGACGUGGAUUCCUUUGGCUUCAGCAGAACGCUCGCGUGGAGAAAAGCCUACUUAUACGAGUACUUCCCUCAACAUCCCCACAAAACAUGCUGGAGACGGUCGACUUUCCAAUUCUGCUUGUGCCGCUCAUCUGUCUCUGUUUAUACUUAUACAUGUUCUAUAAUCCUCGCCUCUCGAUCCCGCCUGGCCCUAAGCCCCUGCCUCUUCUCGGAAACAUCCUCUCUAUACCAACACACAGACCAUGGGAAACAUAUGCCUUAUGGGCUCACAAGUAUAAGACCGACAUAGUGUCUGUUCAGGCACUCGGCCACCUAACCCUUGUCGUCAACACUAUCGAGGCGGCUAAAGAGAUGUUCGAGCGUCGCUCGGGAAUUUACUCUGACCGCCCUCGGAUACCUAUGGUAUACUUAAUGGAGUGGGACUUCAACAUUGCCUUAAUGCCCUACUCAGACGGAUGGCGCAUGAGGCGCAAGAUGCUUCACCAAUUUCUCCAUUCUGGGGCCGCCACGCAAUAUCGUCCGCUGCAGAAAAAGAGCGCAGUCAAGCUCAUGAAGCUGCUAAACACGAGCCCUGAAAGCUUCGCGGAUCAUGUGAAAUAUUUCUCAGGGUCCAUUGUAAUGUCAAUCGCUUAUGCACACGAUAUAGCUGAGUCGGGAGAUCGGUAUGUCGAUAUCGCCGAGAGAGCAUUUGAGAAAUUGUCCGGCGCUAUGUUUCCGGGCGCAGCAGUGGUCAACGCGCUUCCAAUAUUGAGGCAUCUUCCGAAAUGGUUCCCGGGCGCGGGAUUCAAGACUCAUGCGGAGGAGUGUAUUAUGUUGACACGAAAAAUGAGACACGUCCCGUUCGAGGCUGUGAAACGGAGCAUGGUGAGCUCUCCCCUCAAUGACAGCGAGCUUGUUGGAGAUGAGGCAAAGGGAGGCGAUGAAACUGAGGCGGUAGCUAUCAUGGAUGCCGCAGCACUGGCAUACGCCGGCGGAACAGACACGACAGUGUCAUCAAUCAACUUUGCAAUUCUUGCACUCGUCCUGCACCCUGAGGUGCAGCGUCGUGCGCAAGCCGAGAUCGACAGCGUCGUCGGUCGCGAGCGUCUUCCAGAUUUUGAAGAUUCACUUCCUUACAUUGAGGCUCUGUGUCGAGAGGCCUCGCGUUGGGGCGUUGUUACACCUCUAGGCGGAGUGCGUUGCGCCUAUAGAGAUGAUGUAUACCGAGGCUGGAAUAUUCCGAAAGGGACAGUGAUAUUCUUCAACUCGUGGGCUAUGUUACACAAUCCCGUGAAAUAUCCAGAUCCGGAUUCGUUCAAGCCGGAACGGUUUUUUAAAGACGACGGAACCUUGAACGACGAUGAUGUGCAAGCCGCAUUCGGAUUUGGCAGACGGGUGUACUCGGGACAAUACCUCGCCAGAGCCUCCAUCUGGAUAAUGGUCGCAUGCACACUGGCGUUGUUCGAUAUCGAGCCGGCGAAGGAUGCAACAGGACACGAAAUCCCAAUCCGAGUUGAUUAUACCAAUGGUUCAAUCAGUCAUCCAUUGCCCUUCGAGUGUUGCAUACGUCCUAGGGACAAGAAGGCUGAGAAAUUGAUCCAAGGGCUCUAA